AUGAAGCUGGUCUCGGAGGCGGCACUCUCAGAAACCUGUGCGGCGGGGAAAAAUUUGCGCGGAGAGGAGGCCGCCGCCAACUCGUUGACGAGCGACCAUGUCNAGGUGUUGACGCUGCGCACGUCAACAACCGCAUUGCGGCAAUACCUUCCUCUUCUACGGGUUCUCGAGCGUACUGUCCCGUCAACACAAGAAGGGAAGAGCUCUGCAGUGGUGUAUGGCGUACCUGUGAACCUGCUUCUCGCUCGCGACAUGAAGCUGGUCUCGGAGGCGGCACUCUCAGAAACCUGUGCGGCGGGGAAAAAUUUGCGCGGAGAGGAGGCCGCCGCCAACUCGUUGACGAGCGACCAUGUCAAUUGUAUCCUGACCAAGCUGGUCGACAACGUGAGGGAGUCCACCAUGAACGUUGCAAGUGUUAGAGGGUUUCGGCCAGAAGCGGAGGUGCGAAAUGUGGGGCAGGCGGAGAUGCGAGGAGGACUUGUGCGAGUCUGGGAAGGCUGUACUGCUGGAGCGGAAACGCAGCUCAAUGUUGCCGGCGUCCUGGGCCUGGCGGAGAUCUACAUGGCCGACGAGAUGGAAGCUGACAAGCACGAUGGGGAGUGGGACCAAGGUGUUCGGUGCACUUCAUGGGAUCGGAUUAUGGGGGAAGGGGUCGUGGUCCAAGCUCGGGCAAAACGGCGCCGUUUUCGGAACUCGUCGCAGAAGUACGAGGUGACCCACGCGCCUUGGUGCAAGGAAGGAACCUCUGAAGACCCGCUGUUCGUCUUGAGGGGGAAGGCUUCCACCUCAACAACGACAACCUCGUUGUUUUUUCGACCCCUGUCUAUUGUCUUCGGCCCCUUCAGCAGUGGCACAUACUUCGGUUGGCCGUGGAGGAGCCAGGCGGUGCAGAGACUAAGGCGACAGACGCACGUCGGAACCCUUGCUAGCACCGGAGCUUCUUGCCAAGGCGAGAUCGGUCUUCAGUGUGAGAUCCUUGGUUUGCUGCAGCGGGGGUGCUUGAAAGAAUGCAUGCUCAGGGACGGCGACGGGGCGAUAUCGAAGCAUGAGGUAUGUUGA